AUGGCGUAUCAGGCAGUACCCUUGACACCCUAUGGAGAAGGAAUUAGCUCUGCCCACACGAUCGCAGCGAGCUCCAGCGCCAACUCGUACACGGCAGCCAAGCAGGAGAUGGAUCAGCAAUACUGCGGCGCGGACUGCCGGUGCAAGGAGACGGGGGUAGAGUGCAGGAUGGUCCCUGACAGGUUGACGAGCCCUGCUCUGUCCACGGCGGACUCGGGCUAUCAUGAUUCCUUCUUUGAUGCCAGGGAGCGCAACUCGGAAGAUGGCCCGUCAACGGCGGUGGCGGCAUCAGGGGGGCCCGACGAUAAGAGGGAGAAGAAUGACGACGAGGGCAGGGUCAGCGCCGGGACGACAGCGCACGAGGACUAUGCCACGCGUGAAGACGGAGCGCCUUAUAUCACUGGUCUCAAGCUUUUCCUCGUCAUGACGGCGCUUUGUCUGAGUGUGUUUCUCAUGGCACUGGACAGCGCCAUUAUCGCGGUGGCCAUACCCAAGAUCACCGACGAGUUCAACAGCCUGGGCGACGUUGGCUGGUACGGCAGCGCAUACCUCUUGACCGUCUCGGCCCUGCAGCUCUUCUUUGGGAAGCUCUACACCUUUUACAGCAUAAAAUUGAUCUACUUCACAGCCAUCGGCCUCUUUGAGCUGGGCUCCCUGAUCUGCGGAGCGGCAAAGUCCUCCCUCAUUCUCAUCCUCGGCCGGGCCAUCGCCGGCAUCGGCUCGGCGGGGCUCUUCUCGGGCUCCCUCAUCAUCCUCGCGCACUCGGUGCCCAUGGCCCGGCGCCCGCUCUUCACCGGCAUCCUGGGCUCCAUGUACGGCAUCGCGGUGGUGGCCGGCCCGCUGCUGGGUGGAGUCUUUACCGACAAGGCCACCUGGCGCUGGUGCUUCUACAUCAACCUGCCCUUUGGCGCCAUCAGCGUCCUCGCCAUCGCCUUUUGGUUCCGCGAGCCCCGCCGCAGCGCCGCGCCGGGCCGGCAGGAGCAGGAGCAGCAGCAGCUCAAGACCGGCGAGUGCUGCCCGUGGCGGACCCGCAUCAAGCAGUUCGACCCGGCCGGCACCGUCGUCUUCAUGCCCGCCGUCGUCUCCCUGCUGCUGGCGCUGCAGUGGGCCGGCACCGAGUACGCGUGGAGCGACGCGCGCAUCAUCGCCCUGCUGGCCAUAUUUGGCGUCCUGGCCGCCGUCUGGCUGGGUCUGCAGUGGUGGCAGGACGAGCACGCCACGAUGCCGCCGCGCAUCAUCAAGAAGCGCACCGUCUGGGCCGCCUGCAUCUACGCCUUUGCCGGCGGCGGCGCCUUCAUCAGCUCCAGCUACUUCAUCCCCAUCUGGUUCCAGGCCGUGCAGGGCGUGUCCGCCGUCGAGUCGGGCAUCCGGAUCCUGCCGUUCCUGCUGGCCCUCGUCGUGGCGUCUCUGUUCGCGGGGGCGGUCGUCACCAUCUGGGGCUACUACGCGCCUUUUCUCUGGAUCUCAACCGUGGUCAUGUCGGUCGGCUUCGGCCUGCUGUCGACGUGGAACCCGCGCACCAAGCAGCCCAUCUGGAUCGGCUAUCAGGUCGUUGCGGGCGCCGGCGUGGGCUUUGGCAUGCAGCAGCCCGUCAUCGCGGUGCAGACGGUGCUCGACAUCGAGGACGUGCCGAUGGGGACGUCGGUGAUUGUCUUUGUGCAGAGCCUGGGAGGCGCCAUGUUUGUUUCCAUCGCCGAGAGCAUCUUUGUCAACAAGCUGGUCACCUACCUACAAACCGUUUUUCCAGGAAUGGACCCCAAGCUUAUUUUUACCGCAGGCGCCACCGAACUCCGUAAAUCAGUCCCCAGAGAUCUCUUGGCUCGUGUCAUCAGGGGCUACAGCGACGCCCUGACCAGGACGCUCCUGAUGAGCGCGGUCCUGGCGGCGGCGAGCGUGUUUGGAAGCCUCGCCAUCGAGUGGAGGAGCGUCAAGGGGAGGCAUAUCACGGCGGCCGUGGCGUGA